GCCACCGUCGCCGUCACCACUGCCACAGUCUCCCGCCUAACGCCCGCCAUGCCCAACAUCGUGCUGUUCAGUGGCAGCUCGCACCAGGACCUGUCCCAGAAAGUGGCGGACAGGUUGGGGCUGGAACUGGGCAAGGUAGUCACUAAGAAAUUCAGCAAUCAGGAGACCAGUGUAGAAAUCGGUGAAAGUGUGAGAGGGGAAGAUGUCUACAUCAUCCAAAGUGGCUGUGGGGAAAUUAAUGAUAACUUGAUGGAACUUCUCAUUAUGAUCAAUGCUUGCAAAAUUGCAUCAUCAUCCAGGGUGACUGCAGUGAUCCCAUGUUUUCCAUAUGCCCGACAAGAUAAAAAAGACAAGAGUCGUGCUCCAAUUUCUGCAAAACUUGUGGCUAAUAUGCUUUCAGUGGCUGGGGCUGAUCAUAUCAUUACAAUGGAUCUCCAUGCUUCUCAGAUACAGGGAUUUUUUGAUAUUCCAGUGGAUAAUUUGUAUGCAGAACCUGCAGUCUUACAAUGGAUUCGAGAAAAUAUUGCAGAAUGGAGGAAUUGUAUCAUUGUGUCUCCAGAUGCUGGUGGAGCGAAAAGAGUGACAUCAAUUGCUGACAGACUGAAUGUGGAGUUCGCUUUGAUUCAUAAAGAAAGAAAGAAGGCAAAUGAAGUAGACAGUAUGGUUUUAGUUGGUGAUGUGAAAGAUCGUGUAGCCAUCCUUGUGGAUGACAUGGCUGAUACAUGUGUCACGAUAUGCCAUGCUGCAGAUAAGUUACUGUCUGCUGGAGCCACCAAAGUUUAUGCUAUUCUGACUCAUGGAAUCUUCUCUGGGCCAGCUAUUUCCAGGAUUAAUAAUGCAGCAUUUGAGGCUGUGGUGGUCACAAAUACAAUUCCACAAGAAGACAAAAUGAAGCACUGCUCUAAAAUCCAGGUUAUUGACAUUUCAAUGAUACUGGCUGAAGCAAUACGGAGAACACACAAUGGUGAAUCUGUAUCUUACCUGUUCAGUCAUGUUCCACUAUAACUCCAGAUCAUUGCUUUCCUGUAGGCUAUGUACAGCUACAGUAUGUUUUUCUUUAAUUAUUGGGACUCAACAGUAUAAUAAUUAAUGUUGUUAUAGCUUCAAUUGUGUAUGCUUUGAGAUCCUCUUUUUUCCUCUCCUGAACCUGUUGUUGCCUUUCCAACGUUCUUCUUAACCCACCCCCCAACUUCUCCCCCCCCUUUUUUAAAUAAAUUGGCUUCUAUGGGAAAUGUCUGCAUUUUAAUUUGGUCUGGCAGAUAACUUUUUCCUCUACUCUUACAUUACUUUGGAGCUACAAUCUUAGGAGUAUAAUUACAUUUCAGAAUUUUUUUAAUUUUAUAUAUAUAUCUGGGUUUGUCAGAGGUAGCCCUAUAUUAAAGCAUUUCAUGUAAUACUUUUAUUUAAUAAAAAUGUCCAUGGGCAUUUGGAUAAAACCCCUGUUAUAUAGAAUUAGACCUUUUAUUCAGAAUAAACAUUAUUUUAGAGAAUUGUAGGAUACCUUUUGAAUGUUGAUUUCUUUAUUUUUUUUUGUUAGUUGGGAGUUCAAAGUAAUUUCUUGGACUUAAUCUAGUCUGAAGUUUUGAUUAGCUUAAUGAUGGUCAUUGACCAAUAUACUUAUGAAAAUUUGUAGACAAAUCAGUUAAGGACAAUGUAGUAUAUAGUUUAGUUAUACAAUGUAGAAUGUAGUUUUAUGUAUCACAUCUAAGUUGGCUGUUAUAUUGCUGUAUAUUUCUGCUUGAGCCUCUGAAAAAUAUUUCCACAUUGGGGAAUUCCAGAAACUUUAAUGCAUUGGAAUUAUUUAGAAGUAUCUAGAUAUAAUCUGUGUCAGACUCUAAUCUCUAAAUUAAGUGGUCUGACAAAUUCUGACUGUUGUAGUGCAUUGAAAUUGAAGUGGGAAGUUGCACAGUAAAUCCCAACUCUUUAAAAAUGCACACUCCAUUCUGUCUUAUAGUAUUCUUUUAUCUAUCAUUUAGCUGCAACUUCUGCUUUUCAUUUUUUUGCAGCUGAGAAAAAAUUGACAUUUUAAUGAUUGGACUUCUAAUCAUUGGCUUUUCAGUUCAUUAAAUACAUAGUAGUGUAUGCUCUCACAUUCUACUAAGGUGAUUUUUAGGGCUUAAAUCCACUGUCUAUUCAGUCUUUUAAUUUUUCUGACAUGAAUAAAGAAGUUUGGAAUCA